AUGGGAGCUCAGACUCACUUGAAGCUGAGGAAUGGUUUGCGUUCAGUGGAGUCCAUAUUAGAAUAUAUGGACCUCAAUGAUAGGGAAAGAGUAUCCUGUGCUGCCAGCCACUUAAAAAGGGAUGCACGGAUCUGGUGGGAAGUAGUAAGACAGAGUCGCAACAUAACAACUAUGACCUGGUUGGACUUUGUUGAUGUGUUCAACAGGAAGUACUACAGUGCCGCCAUAUUGGCUACAAAAGAAGAUGAGUUUAUGAAUCUAAGGCAGAACAAGCUCAGUGUCACAGAGUAUGCUAGGCAAUUUGACCGUCUGGCAAAGUUUGCACAAGAGAUCGUACCAACCGGGACCCUUCGGGUCAAAAGGUUCUUGAAGGGGAUGAACCCCAUCAUUAAAAAGAAUGUGAAAAUCAUGGCGGGGACCAACACAGUUUAUAUUGAGGUGUUAGAAAAAGCUCUCGAAGCUGAGUUGCUCGAAAAUGAUAUAAAGAAGGAGAAUGCUGCUAAGUGGGAAGCCCGAAGAAACAAUGGAGGAAAUCAAGAGAAUAAGAGAAAACACGAGGAAAAUCAUGGUAAUGAUCGUAAUAAAAAGGGGAAAGCAGUGGUCCAAAAUAACAACAAUGGGGUGAAAAGGUCCUAUGUAGAAUUCCCAAUUUGCCCCACAUGCAAUAGGAAACAUCUUGGGGAGUGUAAGAUGAAGUCAGGGGUGUGCUACAAUUGCGGGCAGCCAGGCCAUCUGAAGAAAAAUUGCCCAAAGAGACAAAAGGAGGAGAACCAAGCCACUCCUGCUCGAGUGUUUGCUCUCACCAGAGGAGAAGCGGCCACAAGCAACACUGUUGUCUCAGGUCAUAUUUCUAUUUACGGAUUGCCUUGUAAUGCUCUCUUUGAUUCUGGAGCUACUCAUUCUUAUAUAGCUACUAGGGUAAUUGAUAGUAUAGACAAGCCAUGUGACCUACUUAGAUGUGGUAUUGUGACAGAAUUACCCUCGGGAGAAACCAUGCUAUCAACAAGAAGAAUGCGAGAUGUACCUAUCGUAAUCGAAGCAAAGAACUCAUGGGCGACCUAA